GAGGAUAAACAGAGCGAUUCUGUGCGCGCUUAUGAGAAGCGAGUUCCGCUCCCGUUCAGCGGGAUUUAUUCGUGGGUGUGUAUGUGUUUCCACAGGGGUUUGCUACCGCAGGUUGAAAAGGAAGUGUUGCAGCGCAGCCCCGUGUAUGUAUAUUCGGAAGUAAGCCCCGCUGCGUUGAAUGGCUCUUCCCUCUUCAUCUCUGGUUUAGGAAUGCAGCCAGGCAGCCUUAUUAGCCAGUUCUACUCAGGAGUAAGGCGAUGCGGGUGGCGCUAAACCACAGAGCCUAGGGCUUGCCGAUCAGAAGGUCGGCGGUUCGAAUCCCUGCGACGGGGUGAGCUCCCGUUGCUUGGUCCCAGCUCCUGCCAAUCUAGCAGUUCAAAAGCACGUCAAAGAGCAAGUAGGAUAAAUAGGAAGGUAAACGGAGUUUCCGUGCGCUGCUCUGGUUCGCCAGAAGUGGCUUAGUCAUGCUGGCAACAUGACCCGGAAAAUCUGUCUGCGGACAAACGCCGGCUCCCUCUGCCUAUAGAGCGAGAUGAGCACCGCAACCCGAGUCGUCCGCUACUGGACCUAAUGGUCAGCGGUACCUUUACUCUCAGGAGUAAGUCGUAUUGAAUUGAAUGGGGCUUACUCCUGGGCAUGUGGGGCUUGGAUAGCAGCCUUAAUUUCCUCUUUCACCAGCAUGCCUUCGCAGAGUCGUCCGCGACUGGACCUAACAAUCAGGGGUACCUUUACCGUACCUUUAAGUAAUCAUUGGCGGUUGUACCGAGUGCUCCGUACCGGCAGAUGGCGCACUCACGCAAUCCUUCAGUACUGUUCACGCGAAGAGCAAGAAUUUCCCAGCUUGUCCGCAAACUAAGUCACCCGGUUUCUUUCCCGUCUCGAUGGUAUACUAACGUCUUGUGACCCGGAUAAGGCGGGAGCUGAAGCCUCACAUCCCGCAACGGCAAACGAUGAUUGGCCAAGAGCUGUAGCCGGUGCUGCUGGAGGAUUGGUGGUUGAAGGAGACGGGCAAGGGAGAGAUGAGGAGCGUGUGUGGGAAUGAACUGCCGGGACUUGGCGGCUGCUGAGGUGACCGAGAAAGGAGUAUUACCGGCAGGGCGAGACGAGUGACUAUGGAACAUUUGCAUUCCAUCAAACUGAGGUGGUUAGCUAACAAGAUUGUGGAAACCCUAAAUUGUUCCAGAUGAUUUACUGGAUUAAGCACCUACUUAGAGUGAUAUUUGAGCAAGCAGCAUUGACUAUGGAAUCAUUGCUUUGGUCUAGUAAGCCUUAUGGUCGCGAUAGAAGUAUCGUAAGGAAAAUUGGCACCAACCUCUCACUGAUACAAUGUCCAAGAGUUCAGUUUCAGCUUCCAUCUCAGUCUGCAGAAGGCAGUAAUUCUAACCCACUGAGAGAUGAUGGAGUGGCCUCCCUUGCAGAUGUGGGGUGGGUUGCUGAAGAAGAAAGUGAAGUCUUUACACGGCUCAGGUCAGACGUUUGGUCAAAAUCCCAAACAUAUCCUAGAGGUGAAGGCUGCUCAGGAAGAGAUCCAAGUGUUCAAGUACCUUUGCCAAAGCCGUUGCAAGAAAAAGAAGACUCCAAGAUUGCUGUGGCCACAAAUGAUGAAGCUCUGCAGAAAAUCAGUGUGCUAGAAAAUGAACUUGCCAGUUUAAGAGCGCAAAUAGCCAAAAUCGUAAGCGUACAAGAACAGCAGAAUAUGACAGCAGCUGGAAUAAGUUCUGCAGCAUCUGUUCCUGCCCUAGCAGGAGUGCCAGCACCGCCCCCACCGCCACCGCCCCUUCCACCUCCACCACCGCUCCAGCAAAACACUUCUGCCAUUGAUCUUAUUAAGGAGCGCAAAGGGAAAAGAGUAAACUCCGGACGGACUUUUAUAGAUGAUGAUUCAAAGAAGCCUGAAAUACCAAACAUGCUAGAUAUUCUCAAAGAUAUGAACAAUGUAAAGCUGCGAUCUGUGAAAAGAACAAAUGAGAGCACCAAACGAAAAGCAGCCGACCCAACAGAUCCUGCCGCACUAAUAGCUGAAGCUCUUAAAAAGAAAUUUGCUUAUCGAUACCGAAGUGACAGCCCAAGUGAAACUGAGAAACAGGCUCCUGAAUCUGACACCAGGCUGUUUGGGCCACACAUGCUGAAGCCUACAGGAAAAAUGAAGAAUCUAAUUGAAAACUCUUAAGCGGGGGGGGGGGGAUUACCUCACUACAAAAGGACUUUCUACAACUAUUUCUGCUUUGUUGAGAAAUGAGGUGUCUUGUUUUUUUAAAAAAAUCCAGGGGCCUGAGUAAUAGGUUUAAGAAUAUAAAUAUUGUAUUGUGGUAACACAGCUUUUUAGUACAGAAAUGUCAAUCUGGUAUUAGAGUAUUAAUAUACAAUACUGUGUAAGAAUGACUGACACUCUUAAACACAACAUGUGUACAAUAAUUAAGUUUAAGUUAUUAUAGUUCCAGUGCAAUAACUGGUAUAAUGUAAGGGGAAUUUUUAAUGACUUAUUUUUAGUUUGUUACACAUUAAUUUUGAACUACGUUUUGCAUUUAGAAAUCUCAUGCUGUGUUUUCAGCUUCUUUAAAUGAAGCACUCAGACUUUACUAAAGCUACUCUACCUCUCAAACAAUAACCUUGAAGGAGGCAUGGCUUUAAAAACCUUAUUUAUUCUCCAGCAAUACAAACUUCAAAAUUUAGUAAUUAUCUUUCAAUAAAGCACCUCAUUUUUGCUUCAAAACACAUGUUGCAUUGCGGCAUAUUUAUAGGCAAUAAAUUAACCAAAGUUUGGACUUUAUUUUUGUACAGGACUAAACAUUAUAACUGCAAUAGAAGUAAUGCUGCAUAUUCUGUGUUAGGAAACUAGGGCAGAAUAUAUAAUUUACCAAUGGAAUGAUAAGCAGGGCUUCUUCACCUCAGACCUUAAACUGUAAGGUUACAGAGCCUGGGUUGUAUUUUUCUUCUUAUUAGUUGUUCUCUUAUGAUCAUUCUUGUCAACAUCUGCAGUAUUUGUCCCAGCAACUUGACAGGUACCAAGUCCAGUCAGUUCAGUAGGAGUUUGCACUUUUACAGGGAACAAGCAACUGAAGA